ACAACACAAACAGCUCAGUGAUUUGAAACAAGAUACAAAGAGAGGGACCAAGAUCUAAGAAAUCAAAAAACCAUGGCGCUGUUGUUGAGAACGACGACGACGACGACGGUGGCGGCUGCACGACGACAAGCGCUGCUCUUCCAGUCGUUUGCCAUGCGAGCUGCUUCGACAAGCGCAAGCGAUGCUGCUGCUGCGCCGGCAAUCACGCAGACAACAUCCGUGGGCGAGACGACAGUGACGCCGAGCAAUGCGCAACGCUUGGCCCCAGGUGAUGUCAAAACGGUGGGCGAUCUCGCCGCACUCAGCUCGAGCAACGUGCUGCAGCUCGUUGGCGCGCAAAUCAAACAGCUGUAUCCGCACAACCUGACGCGCUCGUCGGCGGCGGCGGGCUCUGCCAACGCUGCUGCCGCUCCGAUCCAGCGCCCUGCCAUUUCCUCCGUCCCGGACACCAGCCGACCCUUUGAAAACACAGCGUCGCAGUCGGCGACACAAACACAGACCUCCAGCCCAGCGUUCGUCGUUGUGUACGUUGCUGGCCACCAGUUUAAGGUCUCUGUCAACGACACGAUUGUAUCCAACAAGAUCCACUGCCCGGUCGGCACGCGCAUCAACCUCGAGAAGGUGCUGAUGGUCGGCUCGGCCGAUUUCACGAUUUCCGGCACGCCGCUCGUGCCCACCAGCGUUGUCCGCGUUCAAGCCACCGUGAUUGAGCAAUCUCUCGCAGAAAAGGUCAUUGUCUUUAAGAAGAAGCGAAGGAAGACGUACAAGAAGUGGAAGGGCCAUCGCCAGCCCAUCACGACCCUCCGCAUCACGUCAAUUGAUCUUGCGCCCGCAUGGCAGGAGCAGAAGCAGCAAGAGCACAAGCAAGAUGCCGCAGCGUCACUAUGAUUUUUUGCUCCUCAACUCGUUUGAAUUGGCAAUUGUGCUUGGUGUUUUUUUUUUAAAAAAUAUCAUCCGUCUUUUUCUUUUGUUUCCGAUGCAGUUUCUG